AUUUCCGCUCCUCCUCCCGCCGGCCAAGAGGGCACGCCCAUUGGCGAGGGCAGGCCCCGAGGCCGGGCCGGUCCUUCUUGCGGCCCGGAUUGGUCCGGCCGCCUACCUACGAACCAACGGCGUCCGCCCCUGCCCUAGGCCACGCCCCCUCCCCAGGCGCGGGCGCGCGACCGCUGUAUCCUUACGGUGCGCGCUCUGGGAUCCCCGCCCCCUCCGCGCGCGCAGUUCCCCGCGGCCGCCGCCGCCUGUAACCUGCGCCGCCAGGAUGUGGCUGGGGGCUGACGUCGGGUCCAGAUGUGGCCCCGGCCCCGCCCACCCCCGGGGCCGGGCCGCCCACACCGAGCCGCGGCGCGCACGGCGGCUGUCCCGCCUGCCACAAUGCGCGGCGAGGCUGCGGCCGCGACUUGGCGAGACAGUCACUAACGUCGCUGCUCGGCAUCCUUAGGACAGGCCGCCUCUGACGCCGCGCGGGGACCCCACGGGCCCGCGCCCCCCAUGCGCUCACUCUUUGGUGCCCGGCCGGGCGGGCGCCUCGCGGACGCGGAGCCGCGCGGGUGACGGCAGAGGCGGCUGCGCGCCUAGCCCAGCCCGCUGAGAGGGCGCGCCGCGCCCCCGCCCCCCGCCCGCUCUCCGGAGGCCGUGGGUGCGGAUGCGCCGCUGACGACUCGCAGCGACCAGCAGUGCCGCCGGCCCGCCGGCCGGAGACCGCAGCAUGGCAGCCGCCGCCUAUGUGGACCACUUCGCCGCCGAGUGCCUCGUGUCCAUGUCGAGCCGCGCGGUUGUGCACGGGCCGCGGGAAGGGCCGGAGCCCGGACCCGAAGGCGCGGCCGCCGCUGUCGCCGCCACGCUGCCCCGCGUCGAGGAGCGCCGCGACGGCAAAGACAGCGCCUCGCUCUUCGUGGUGGCGCGGAUCCUGGCGGACCUCAACCAGCAAGCGCCGGCGCCCGCCCUGGCGGAGCGCAGAGAGGGCGCCGCGGCCCGGAAGGCGAGGACCCCCUGCCGCCUGCCGCCUGCGCCGCCACCCGCCCCCGAGCCCGCCUGCCCCGGCGGCGAAGGUGCGGCGGCCGCGCCCCUCAGCCCCGCGUGGAGCGAGCCCGAGGCCGAGCUCGAGGCGGGGCUGGAGCCCGAGCGGGAGCCAGGGCCCACGGGGAGCGGCGAACCCGGCCUCAGACAAAGGGGCCGGCGGGGCCGAAGUCGCGCCGACUACGAAUCCCCGCAGAGAAAGCACAAGUGCCACUACGCGGGCUGCGAGAAAGUUUACGGGAAAUCCUCGCACCUCAAGGCGCACCUGAGAACUCACACAGGUCAGUAGGGCCGCCCGGGCGCCCAGAGCGCGCGGACGGGGACAGCACAAGCUACCGGGCCACGCCCCCGGAGCCGCCGGCCGGGCGCGAGGGGCAGUGGGGCCGGGAACGGUCGGGGCCUCGCCCCUUCCCCCCCGCCACACGGUCCCGCGGCCGGCCCCGCGCGCCGAGCGAGGCGGGUCCGGGAGCUGGGAGCCGGCGCCCGCCCGGCGACCGCGCCCCCGCCGGGCACGCCCCCUCCCCGGGCACUCUCGGGCGGGGCCGCGGGGGCGGAUGUCGUCAUCUAGGCUGCGGGCGUAGACCCCGCCGAGGCCGAGGGGCGGCGCGAGCAGGUGCGGGCGAGCUGGGUGGGGGCCGCGCGUGCUGCUCUGGGAGACAGGCGGUGGGGGCGCCCCGGGGCCGCGGGGGAGGCGGGGUGCCCUCGCCCGGCCCCUCGCCUACCGGCCCCUCCCUCGCCGGCCGGGCGCGCGCUCGGGAUGGGAGGGACCCGCCCGGCCCGGCCCGGGCGAGCGGCGGGCGAAGUUCACGCGGGGACAGGGCUCCCUCCAGCCACUCGGCACAUUCUUCACUCUCCUCUUCCUGUAAUUUUUCCAGCGCUCUAAGGUUUAAUUUGUCCAAACCAGAGCCAGCGGCGGCCGACGCGGGUGGCGGCCCCGGUUCCCCGCCGGAGGCUCUUUGUGGGAGCCCCGCCCAUCCGGCCGGCGGGGGCGCGCCCGACCCGAGGGGGCUCUUCGGCCUGGGGGCGCUUUCUCCAGAAAGGAGAGCCCUGUUCACUGCCGGCCUUGUACGCCUCCCUCUUCCCGGCCCUGCUCACCUGCCGGGUGCCGGAUGCGUGCGGGCGGCACCAGCACCGGGACGGGCGGCCUCAGCGGACCAGGGACCUCGUAGUUGUUUUUCUUUUUUUAAACACAAAGGUGGGAACAAUGUUUUAAGGGAUGGUAACCUUUCUCUUUCAGUUUGGCUUAAAGAAUUGUGUAUUUCCUCUGGGCUCACGUUAAGUCUUCUGGUACACUUAAUUCUUUCGCAUUUGGAGCGGGUUAAAAAACCCGUAUAAAUAUACUGUUACCUUGUUACCAAAGGUUUAGACUUCACAUUUGUACAAUAGUUCGGAAGCUAGCUAAAAACUGCAGUCCUGAAGACCCUGCAGCUGAAGGACCCCCGUCUCCUGGUAAAUUUGGAACUGAGCUGUCUCCAGGUCUGCAGGUGUCAAGGCCAGCGGAUCUCAGACAAACCUUUACCUCAGAAGCUGCCCCCGCGGUUUUGGUCCCUUGCUGUGGCCGCAAGGGAUAGCUCGGCCGGUGGUGGGGUCGAGGGUGAAGGCGGGGCCAUUCUACUCAUUCUUAAUCGGAAUUUAGGGUGUGUGGACCGAGAUAGGGGGUGGGGUUAGUGUAGGGGUGUUGGUUCAGACUGGGAACCUUACUGCCAGGGUGGAUGUGGCCGUGGAGGAGGGGCCAAACUACGUUCGGAUCUGUAGCACCCAGAUUACGGGGGCGGGGGCAGUGCAUGGGGCGUGGCUCGAGGACCUCCUUGCGGGGGCGAGGCCAGUACUGGGCAGGUAAUUUAAGGAUAGGAGACUCUCUGCGUCCUGUUUCACGGUGGCUUUCCACUCGGCUGGUCGGGUUCGAGAAUUGUGGAGGGGCUGGUUGAGGGCCGGGGCUCGCUGUCACGGACCGGGCAGGCUUGGAUGGGGGCCUUAGCUGGAGGAUAGCGUCUGGGUUUGCUUGCCCCCUGAUCCAGGCUGUAGUGUUCCUGAGUGGGCCCCUUGGCUAGAUGAUUGCUCCGAGGCAAUGAGAACUCGGGUCUCCCUCAGUGGGGUGGAACCCAGCCUCUCUGGGGUGCUCUGAAACCCGAAGCAAGCAGAAGAGGAUGGAACCAACACUCUGACUGUAGUGUGCUGUGUCUAAGAGCAGGGAACGGGGCUUGCCCUCCCUGUGUGCAGAAACAUGAGGCCCUACCUCUGGAGGAGAUGUAGAUUUCCAGGUCCCAAAUACUGACCUUCAGCCAAACACUACAGUUUAAGUGGUGCCCCAGGUGAAUCUGAUUAUGAACCAAGAACUCACCUCUGGAGGGAGUCUGGUUCAGCUUCUGGUGGAGGGCAUGACUAGGGAGCCCAUUUCCAGCCUGCCCCCAAGUGUGCAGAACAUAAUUAACUGGUGUUCGUAGAGGAGACAAGGGUAGCCCACAGGCCACAGUGGGUGACCAAGGGGACAGGCUACCCUGGGAAGACCUGAGCAGCAGCCCCCGGUUCUGAGAUAGCUGUGGUUUGGUUUGUGUGCUUCCAGCAGCUUUCUGGGGGGUCUCUGCCGACAAUGGUUCAGGUCAUGCCAGGCCCUCUACUCCACUAGGAGCAACCCCCCACCCCCCAACCAACCCACCUGCAGCAAUUUCAUGGCAGAGGGUGAAUAUCAAAAUCAUUUUAGCCAAGAAGGCAGUUCACAACUUGCUCUGUCUAGCUCUGUGACCAAGGACGGGUCCACAGACCUCCCUGCAGCUUGGUCAUGUCUCGCCUGACCACUUGGAAGGUCUGUGGGAAAUGAGGCUGUGUGUUUGAGAACCUUUGGGAAGUACAAGCCUCAGCCUUGACUCUGGGGAGACCUGGACUUCCUUGACUGCUUCGAUCUCCCAGAGCUGCCUGGACUGCUUAGUUGUGUGGCAGUGUCCUGAGGACUGAUUACCCUGUCACAUUUAGGUAAUUGUUGAUGUUAAGCAAACACAUGAUCAAACAAAGACACUCACAUUUUUGCAACCCAAGCUGCUUUUUUUUUUUUUUUCCUAAGGCACUUAUUAUUUAGCUAAUCAGAAUUUCCAGCCCAGAUCUGGGAAUUUGCUAAGUCUUGCCUUGGGGAGUAGCAAGACCAGGAACAUGUUUUCUUGGAGGCUGAAGGGCUUUGAUGUGAACAUUCAAGAACUUUGAGAAGGAAAGGCCUCUGGCCUUCUGAGGGCAGAUCUCCACCUGAGCCAGCCAGGAGAUUCCUGCUUGUUGUCUGGAGUGGUGGGGCUUGGCGGGUCCCCAGCAGUAAUGGCCACUCAGUCUUUCUUGGCAGAGAUGCCUUGAAUACAUUCCUACCUAUUUGUUCCUGCAAAGAAUCGUUUUCAGAAUGUCUCUGUGCCCUGUUUUCCCUGCAGCACUGGGAGCUAAAAAUCCAAUUGCAUGCUGCAUGAGCUGGGCCCAUUUCAGCAGCUCUGGGGGCCUUGCUGGAAAGGGGGGCACUGUGUUGUGUACAGCCCCUCCCUCCUGCAGACAUCCAGAGAGAGACAUGCCUGGUUACCUGGCCCUCUUUUUGCGGGUGGAGGUAGAGUUAAGAUUGCAUUCUUAGCCAUUUCCUGUAAUAAUUUGGGUGGGGUUAGUUUGAAGUUUAGCCACCGAACAAGGGAUUUGAUCAUGAGUGAGAUUAUUGGGGCAGGGUAUUCAGGGUAUUUAGGUCCCCUCCCCCAACACAAACUCUGGCUAUAGAGCCUGGUUUCUAACCACAUUCCUCCCAUGUACCCCUCAAAGGUGCUUCCUGGUGCAGCUGCCUUGGACAGGCAGCCUGUCAGGGAGUGAGUGGCAGGGAUCUCCUUCACCCAGGGCAAAGCCAUGCUGGCAGAUGGCCAGCACUUUGUUCGGGACACAUCCACGCUGGUGGGUCCCGUCCCGUCUCCCUCACAGUCCCAGGCUGCCAGUGGGCCAGUUGUGAAACUUCAAACAAUGCAGAAGUGUGUAGGCAGAAUGUGCCAGCCUUCUCUUCCUCUGGCUAACCACUAUCACCUCCUGUUGGUGUUUCCCUUUACAGACCCUUUUAGUGGAUUUGCAUGUAUGCAUGCGUGUGCAUCCACACAGACAUCUGAAAACUAUACAUGUAGGAUCCUAGCAAAUAUAUUCUACCACAGGCUUUUUUUUGGUGUGCUUAUUUAACAAGGCACCUUUGUUCUUUAUCUGGGCUGCGUGGUAUUCCCAGGUGUGGCUGCGUGACUGUACCACAACUUGUUUAGCCUUUAUCUUGAAAGGAUAGUUAUGUUGCCUUCUCAUUUUUUAUCGUUUCAUGCCUGUGGCAGUAGAAUCCAGUAUGUGUGUUGGUGCAGAGGAGCUGGCAUUUCUGUAGGAUUGAGACCUGGCAGUGUUAUUGAUAGUAGUGUAGACAGCAUUUACAUGCAUUGUGGAGUUACCAUGUUAACUUAAAAGACAUGUUAUGUUUUUAAAGGAAAUAGCACAUUAUGUUUUUAAAGGAAAUAGAUGGAGGUCUUGGUCUCCCCAGUACUGAAGUUCCUGCUGUGUUGCUGACUUUUUUUUUUUUUUUUUUUUUUACUUCUUCCAGUUCUUCUUUUGCACAUGUGAGAUCAUCAUAUUGAGAACAUUUAAAACAACCCUAAAACCACCAUUACUCUCUCAUGGCUCAUGACCAGCUCUCCUGCUGCCAUCUUUUUUUUUUUUUUUUAAUUUUAUUUACUUAUUUUGAGAGAGAGAGAGAGAGAGAGAGAGAAAGAGAACGAGAACUGAGGGGGGAGGGGCAGAGAGAGAGAGAGGGAGACAGAGGAUCCAAAACAGGCUCUGUGCUGACAGCAGAGACCCUGAUGUGGGGUUCGAACUCACAAACUGCGAGAUCAUGACCUGAGCCAAAGUCAGACGCUUAACCUGCUGAGCCACCCAGGUGCCCCUCUCCUGCCAUCUUUACUUGGCUUACCCUGCAGCCUAGCCUGGGUAAGGGCUCAACCCCUGCAGCAGUCAGCUGUGCCCUCGCACCCUGAAGUGCCUCCUGGCUUGUUGGCACUGGGGGAGGGACUGAUAUGAUGCCUUUUGAAACUGUCCCUCUCCUGGCUAAAAGAGGGCUGGAGCCCUUCCUGUGUGAGCAAUCUGACAGGACCACCCUUGACUUAACCAGAGGUACCAUGUGCAAGGCUUCAAAUCUGGAAGACAGCCCCGCCCCUUCAGAGUUGGCACUGUGAAGUCUGCUCACUGAAAUGAGCUCAUGACAGCCCCGACACUGUAAGGGCCUGUUUGCUUUGACCUUAUUCUGAAUUGAGUUGGUCGUUAGGUUCCUAGAUGUAGCAAGUUAAAAGGGGAAAGGGGAGAUAAGAUAGCAGCUACAACCAAGGAAGGAAAUAAGCCAACAAGUUAUUAAUAUGUAUAUGUGUGUGUAUGCACGUGUAUCUAAAUCUAUAACUCAAGAAACCCAACCCAGCCACACUGUGCUGGAACGAAUGUGGUGCUGUUUGUGGAGGGGCCUGUAGUCCUCCUCAGUAGUCCCCUAGGCCUGCAUUCUAUAAUAACUGACAUUUGUAAGAGCGGUCUUGACAUAUCAGGGCACUAUUAAAGUGUGUCUGGUUUAUGCUUUAAGAAAGUAGUUAAACUCAUUUUUGAAAUGAAAACUUCAGGGAUGAUACACUCAGCUCUCUGUUGUAUCUAAUAGCAGGCUGCUUGCUAGGGACAGGCAUUGUUCUGUUUGCAUUCAUUCCUCAUAAGCUUUUUAAUCUUCACAGGACCCUAUGAAAUAGGUACUGUUGUUAUUACUAGUCCUCAAAUAAUGAUGCCAAGGCCCAGAUGGAUUAAGAAAUAUGCCCACAGUCACACAGCAAAUGAAGGGGGAGCUGAGGUUUGUGCCUGGGCAGCCACACUUCUGAGUUUGGGUCUGCCCGCUGUGCCUGGCUGCUCUUCCUGCCUGGACCUGUGUUCCAGGGGAGGGCAGGUGCCUCCUGGUAUUUAGAAGUCUUCCUGUCCCAAGCACACUGCUUCCUUCACAAAUUCUUAUUGUGAAAUGUUAAGGGAGUAAUACAGUGAAUGCUCAUACGUUCCUCUAGACUCCUCAGUUAAAUAUUUGUCACCCUUUUAUUUUUAUCCUUUUUUCCCCUUUCUCUACUGUAUUUUCUCCCUUGCCUAUCUCUCCUCUCUCUUUAAAUAGUACAUAUUAUGUAACAUACAGUCCAUAUUCACUUCUCCUAGUGAUCGCCAAGAUGUCCCAUGUAGGGUCUGGAAUCCAGUUCAUCACACAUUGUGUAUGGUUGGCCUGUCUUUUUAGUUUCCUUUAGUCUGGGACAGUCUUGGCCUUUUGUUGUAUUGGCAUUUUAGGGAUCCAGAUUAGUUGUCUUGUGGAACAUCCCACAGUCUGGAUUUGUCAGAUUGCUUCCCCCUGAUUAGAUUUAGCAUAAACAGUUUUUGGUGGGAAAUAUGACACAGGUCAUAUAAUGUUGGGCACUUGCACGCACCACAGUGGAGGCUCGUGUGGUCAGGUUGUCUGAUUGCUGGAUCACAUACAUGGUUAAAGUGGCAUCUGCCAGGUCUCUUCACUAUAAAGGGACACUCUCCUCCUGAUAAUAAGUAACUGGUAGGUAAGGUGACAUUCCAAGACUGGGUUUUUGGAGGGUUAGGGUGCUGCUGGUCCUGCAUGUACAGCCAGGUGCUGUGUUGGUGCAGGUGCAGUGUCUGCCCAUCUCUGUUCAGCCCCCUUCUGUCUGGUCCACCUGGUAGGUUUCUGUUUUAUCUUCUGACUGGACAGUCCAUUGACUGGACAAGUGCUGGCAUUUCUGGGUCCUGCUGUUGGAAGUCCUUUUAUAGUCAAAGGACAGCUCAGCCUAGUCUUAGGAGCUCCCUUCCCAAACAAACAACACGCCCUGAUUUUAUUUUGAAUGAAAGUCUUUCCAGAUCGUACUUACAGCCUUUUUUUUAGUUAGCUCACCCUGGCUCUGUGGCCACAGGUGACCCAUCCCCCAGGCCUGGGGGGGGGGGCGUCGGCCUGCAGCCAGUGAUACCCUUAGGGUCUUGGUGGGUGUCUACAUGCUUUCCAGAAGAAAAUAAAUAUUGAUCUAAGUUCACACACCCAAGCCUGUUUUACUUCCCUUUCAUAGCGCCAAGUGGGGUCAUUUUCUUGAGAAGUCAACUUCCCAUCAAAAUGGAAAUAAACUUUGAAGUGUUGUCUCCAGCUUGGCAGUUGAGAAGUGACUGCUGUGAUGGGACUAGGAUGGGGGUGGUGGGGGUUUGGCUACCAUGGCCCCUGGGGGGGACCCUGAGCCUGGAAGGCCUUCCCCUGCUCUAGGUCAAUAUAAUGGAGACUCAAAUGCUAAUUUUUUACUCUUUUGACAGUGACUUGACACUAGGCACUUGAUGUAAGACAGAGAAAUCUUCACCCAACCAAAAGCUCUGUCAUUUGGCUACACUUACACACACGUAAAUGUGCUGUCUGGUUUGAUGUUGCAUCCAAGCCCAGAACGUGUUUACAUGGGACCUGUGAUUCUGGUUCAUUUACUCAGUUUGAUCUCAAUCCUGUCUUCCAACAUCUGUGGAUCAGCCCUGUGCCAGUCAGCCUUCUUGGAGGCAUGGAGUCCCCUCAGCUGAAACUAGGCUGUGGUAAAGAGGUUGGUCAUCUGCCCUGCCAUCCCCCUUGCCCCUUUUAGUGUGCCCUGGCACUGGUGUGCCUUCCAUUCAGCUCCUGUUCCCCUUCUGCCCCAGGGCCUGGACAUUAUCCCGUUUGCUGUUGGACAUCAUGUGCAUGGUCAGGGGAGCAGCCUUGACCAGUCCAUAGUUUUAACUAACAUCAUCCUGGACAAACAGAACAGAGGGUACAGGUUUUUAUUUUGGGGUGUGUGUGUUGGGGGUGGGGGCGUCUGUUUAUUGUUCUUCUUUUUUGAAGUUCAUCACACAAAAAUACUUGCUAACCAGGAACUUGGCCACACUCCGUGGCGAUUGGCCAGUCUGUCCCAAGGUGACCUGUUUGGAAAAGCACUGAGGAUUGAUGCCUCAGAUUAAAUGUCCCUGUGCUGCUGCCACAGGGGUGUGGCCUUCCUGCAUAGGUGGGUGACCCAUGGUCCCCUGAGCACAGGGUACAAGCUCAUCUCCUUGGAGCUAGAGCCCAGGGAACAUCAUGGAAGAGCUUUGCAAGAAAUAGGGGCCCAAAUUAAAAAUCACUCACCAGAGAGCACAUGGUUCAGUGCCUUUGUUGGGCUCCUGUCCCAGGAGCUUCUGAAGGUGGAGUUCUGGCAUAUGGCUGUCUCCUGCAAACAUGGGGCCAGUUGGAAGGAAGCUUGGGAAUGGGGGGAGGAUGAAGUGGGCUUAGAGGAGCUCAGGGGCUUCCUGCUCCCUACCCAGGACCACCACAUCGACGUGGAGGGGUAUCAGCAAGGCGAUGGCUAGACAGCUUGGCUGGUGGUCAAGGGCCUAAAUUGGGGCCUUCUGACACUCUUGUGUUAGUAGGACUGAUGUCAUUCUCCUUGAGUAUGUGUAGGACCCUGUACACUUCCUCUCUGACUUUUUCACUUGUCUUUAACUCUCUUUUAUGGUAUAAAUGCUUGCUCACACACCCACACAAAGGAUAAAGGGAAUUUGGUUUGGGGCUAGAGGUAGAAGUUAGUUAAUGGCAGAUCAAGAAUAGAGGUUUUUGCAAGGAAGUGUUGGGAAAGAGAGGAAACAGAAGAGGCAUACUUGAGCCUUAGAGCUCAGCCCUUUAGGGGAGAGAAGUAGGGGCCUAGGCGCCCAGGUGUGUCCUUGGCACAGAGUGAUGUUUGACGUGGGUCAUUGGCUGGGCUAGUUGUUCAAGACCAUGUCUGGGAUUAAGGGAAGGGUCUGAGAACUGGGGGUUGGCACCAUGGGUGCACCUCAGACAUCUUACCGGUAACAAACUCAAAUGUAUUUUCAUUGAAGGAGAAAUAAUAAAUGUUAAUUUAUUUUUUUUAAUUACAUAGUUGCCCUUCUAACAAGUGAUGGACAAUCUGGCUACUUAGCAGUCUGUUGUCUUAGUUUACAUUCUGCCGUCUGCUUCCCUGCCUUACUGCCUGUUGGCCUCAUUCCCUCGACUGGCCACAUCUGGUCUGUCCACUGUUCAUUGUGGUCCCCAUGUCUUUCCCCACACCCCUCCAUGGUCCGGGAAUACUGAACGGCGGGUGGCGGGGUAGGUGGGGACCUGGGCCCUGGAGACACCAUGCAGUGGUCCUCUCCAUCCCAUCAUGGAGAUCUUGCCUGCUCCUUCCAGUGGCUUCACAUUCUGGAUUUCCUUGUGCUUAUUCAUCAGUUGCCAUUUUUGUCUCUGAAUGGUGUGGUGGAGGAGGCGGUCCCUCAUAGCAGCCUGUGGGGACCCAGAAGGGACUCCUGCUUGCAGCCCUGUGUGUUAAGGGCAGUUUCCCAAGGUUUCCUAGUCUUUUCCAGAGUGCAUCUUAUUGGCUGCUUGCAUGGCAUGUCCUGCUUUCUAAAAUUACUUUGCUGAUUGGCCAUAGGCCUCUGGGGUGAAGGGGAAGGUCCAGGGGCUUUGCAGGAUGCUGUCUUUUAUCCUGAGGAGAUGUAGUAUCAGAAUUUUAUGCCAUGCCCUCUCUGUUGGGGUGGGGCUAGGGUCUGCCAUCGGAGGCCUUAUGCUGUCCUGGUGGUGAGCACAAAGGUCAUUGUCUUGAGUUGCUGUUAGGUCUUUGGGUCUCAAAGGAAAUCCAGCCUCGGCUUCUUCUAGGUUCUGAUUUGAAGCUGUUCUUCCUUGAUGGUUGGUGGGUGUUACAUGUUAGCAUUUUGCUUUGGAUGGGUUGCCUCAUUCUGAAGUGUACUAACUUUAGCCUUUGAAAAACUUCCACUUUCAUUUCCCUUUCCCUGAUCUCACUGGUCUCCUUGAAUCUGAGCUGAGACUCCUUCCCACACUCAGGCCCUCCUGUCCCACAUUCAGUACUGCACCGUGGCCUCAGAAGACAGAUAUUUAUGUGUGUGCGUGUGUGUGUGUGUGUGUAUGCCCGCGUGUGUGCGCGCGCGUGCGCGCAUGCACUGUUAGCUGCCCCCAAAGCUCAGGAGAUUGUUCCUUUGGAAGUAAGCCAGUCACAAGGCAUCUGGCCAGGUGGCACAGGCUGCAGCAGGGAUGGUUUCUUCUUCAUGACCCCCAGUGGGGUUGUAUCACCUCAAAGCCAGGGCCUUGCAAGAGCAGAGAAGGAGGGAGUAGUAUGUGCUGGAUAGGGUGGGGACCCAGGAGCCAAGCUGGAGGGUGUGCAGUCCAGGUCCCUGGUGGAGUUCUCCUUCUCAGGCCAUUCUGCCCUUGACCUUUUUCACUGGGGCAGACAGUCUGGUAUGGGGGACUGGAUGAGGCCAGGUGCAUGGAAGCUCUUUGCCUACCCAGCCGAGUGUGCAACCUGGUGUGCCCUCACUUCUCAUACUCCACCACCACCUCCUGCUCCUUGCUUCCCCUCCUCUCCUCCUUUCUCCCCUUUCCUACUGUUCCCCGCCCACCUCCCCCUUCUCUUGCUCCUUUCCUCCCUUCCCUUCCCCCCUCCUUCCACCCUCUUCUGCUUACCCCCUUCCCUCUCCUCUCCGUUUUCUCCCCCUCCUCCUUUCCCUUCCUCCUCUUUUUCCUCCCCCUCCCCUUCCCCCUCUCCUCUCCUCUCCCUCCUUGCACCCCAGGACUAAGCACAUUUUUAACUUGCCGUCAGGGGUUUCCAGCCCACAGGACUAAGGCAGGAGGGUGUACUGGGGGAGUAGGGCCCCAGGAACUUGAGGAGAACCAGUGAAGAUACCUCUCCUUUGUGCUGUAGCCCAGGCUCAGCCUGGGAGACCCUGUGGGGCGGCUGUGGCUUCCUCCUUGCACCCUCUGGGGAUGCCCUGGCAGCUCUUCCCUGGGAGGUAGCCUGGUGGGCUGUCAGCCUCCUACACAAUGAGAGGUAAACAGUGGGUCACCUUGGCAACUGGCGGAGCUGGGGCUCAAAGUGCUUGUGGCAAGAGAAGUUCUCAUUGUCUCAAGUUUCUGGGAUGGCGUUCUGUUUUGAUUUUUUUCUUUAAUUAGCUGGAGUGACUAAGAUACCAAAAUGACUGACCUGGUUCCUAUAAUUUCUUAAUAAACAUUUAUAUUCUCUUCAUAGGAAGAACAUUUCUUCCAGUGAUUCAUUGACUUUUUCUUUUAGACUAUGGCAAGGCCCUGGCGAGGCAGGGUGGGGGUGGCACAAAGGGCCCCCACUGCCGACAGCCAUGCCAGCUGGCGAGGGUCCAGGCCCUGGGCGCACUUAUGUAAACACCACACCAAGAUUGUACUGGUUUUGAGGUUGAUUAUGUUCCAUGGAAAAUUUGGGGGCGAUGCCUCUCUUAUCUUGGGGUGUUCAGAUCCCCAUAACUGGAGCUUCCAGAAGUCCUCUGAGAGACCUGUAAGUCUUUCUGAGCCUAAGCAGUGUUCUUUUCACCCGAUGCCAGAUUCUCCUGGGAGGCCAAGGUGUGAACUAGUUUUACAUCUUGGUACAAGGUGACACUUCAGCGCGUUUGCUGUUAAACAGUAACUGCCCAUAUGUGCGUAGCUUGGGCUGGAUGUGCCAGAUUGGGUGGCCUCCUGCCACCCUGCUGGCUGUCUGAGGGAGUGCCAGGCCACGCAGGGCCCUGGGAGGUGCUGGUGAAGCUCAGCCCCAGGUUCUUGUGCAGGCCUUGCCCUUUACCUGGGGCUUCCUUGGGCCUCUCUGCUCCAUCCCCCUAUUACCCAGUACAGUCACCUGCCCCAUCGAGGAGGAGCCCAGUGAGUACAUCGGAAGGCUGAAAGUUGACUUCCUUCGUUUUAUCAUUGGUAGAGGUGAUCCAGGUGGCCCUGGCUGGUGGUGUGUCCUUCGAACUGCUCUGCAGUUAACACCUAGGCCUGCAUCCAGAGUCCCUUCUUCAUCCUGGGCACGCAGGGCCCCUGGGUCCCCUUCUCUCCACAUAGGCUGAAUUCUUGCUGGGUUGGGCCGGGCUGCCCUGUGGCCUCAUGGCCAACACCCUGUGUGUACCUGUGUCGAAAGCAUUUCCCUGCAGCGGGACUGUUGCCAUCACUGGGGGGGGGGGGGGGGGGGGUUGAAGUCCACCAACCCCAAACUGAAGGAAAUGUCUAUAUUUGUUGCAUUUAUUUGUGGUGAGUCUCUGGUGUUACCUGUUCAUGCACUGUCCCUUUCAGCUUUUCCAGAUUUUUCUGUCAGUUGCUGGGCAGCCUCCCUACCUGGUCACUGAGAAGCCUUGUCAUCCUUUCUCCCUUUGUAAGAGAUCUUUUUCAAGGAUGUACCUAGAAUUAGAUUUUUUUUUUCUUGGUGAAGAAUUUACAUUUUUUAUGACGUUGAAGAAAAAACACAAAGGUGUUGAAAUGGCAUUGAAGAGUGUUGAAAGUUCAAAGCCCUAAUCCAUUUGGGAGUUUUGUCAGAAAUCCGGUGCGUCUGUGUGCCCUUUGUCAGUCCUAACAAUUUGGGCUUUGGACUUUGGGCCCCACCCCAUUGCCCUCUCCUCCCAGCAGCGGGCAAGUUUGUGUGCCCGGUGUUACAGUUAGCUCCUGAGGGAGCCUCUCAGUGUUUUUAUCAGAGAAAGUCCUUUUUGCCUGAUUAUGCUUUGUCAUUUAAACAGAGGGACUAAAUGGAAUGUUGAUGAGGACUUCAGGCUUUGGAGUGAGAACAGAUUGAGCUGGCCAGGGUUCUUAUCUGUAAAGCAGGUUGGGGCAUGCUGACCUCAGAGGAGAGGAGGAGUGUGUGUGCGAGUAGACUGUGUGGCGUAUGAAUGUGUGGUGUAUGCAUCUGUGUUGAGUGGGGGUAGGGUUUGUAUGUGUCUGUGUGGUGUGUGUCUGUGUGUUUAACCUGCAGGAGCAGAAUUUCACCCACUACAGUGAUGCUCUUGGGCACCCGAAUGAACAUUUUUGCUGCCUUCUCUUUUGAAAAAGGAAAAAAAAAAGAACAGAACAAACAACAACAGACAAUUUAGAACUACUUUUUUGAAACAGGUGCCAGCUCACGUCCCCACCCUCUGGCACCGCAUGUGGGGUGACCCUCUCACCGGCCUUGUGGCCCCAGCCACGCCCCAGUCCAUAAAAUGCCCAUCUUGAGUUGUGGGAGGAUGAAGCAGGAGCCUGCCACAGAAAGGCAGGUUCCUUGAGGAUCUUGUUGCUAUGGAGACCUGCUUCCUGGGGAGCUGUGCUCAGGCUAGGACGGCCCCCUCUCAGGUGAGCCUCAUUUGUUACUGGGUAACCGUAAUGGAGCCCUCCCAGGCCCCAGCCAGCUGUACCUGGCCUGACGCUUUUUAAAGAGCAGAAGCAGCUGAACGGGAACCUUGAGGUGGAAGACCCCGCCACUGGUCACCAGAGCAGUUCUGGGUGUGCCCAACAGCCUGAGGUGGACUCAGGCCUAGCAGCAUCUCCCUGCCAUGGCGUCAGACAGCCUCGUGGUGACAGACACUGUGCCAGCCCUGCCCAGUGACUCCACCUAAAUGGAAGGACUUUCUGUGUCCAGGUGUGCUCUGCGGGAGACUUCCAGAAGCACGAUGACUGAGUUCAUACCCGCAGCCUAGCUCUUGAGUCCGAGGGCAGCAGAAAUCCUGCUUGCCGUGAAACUUGCUUCACCCAACACUCCCAGUGGCUCCUUCAAGUGGAGAGCGCCUGGUUCUGCUGCUAGAGCCGCUUAGACGCGGACGCGCGCAGCCAGGGAAUCCCACUCAGGACUCAUAUUUGCUAUUUUUGUAACUUCCUGGGCUUCUCUGGUUUCAGCACUCAUUCUGCUUCUUGUUUGCAGGAGUAAUUGCUUUCAUGAGCUUUGGGCCAUCUGUGGAUUUCUUUUCCCCUCUAUUUUUUUUUUCUUUUUUGGGGCAGCAAUUCUAUGUUCACAGAUAUGAGAAUUGUUUCCUAAAGGGAAGCAUGAAAGCGUUCUUGAGGCUGGCUUUUCAGCUGUCGAACCACAGUUUCAUACCCUUUUCCUGCUUGCUUUUCAUCUUCGUGUGAAUGUGUUUGGCAUCAAGAUGCUUCCUGUGUGGUCUGAGGUGACUAUUUUGAAUGAAUGUAAGGGCUGAGGGCAUCUAGUCUGAGAUGACACCUGGGCACUAACGUGGCCUUCCUUGCUCUCUCCUGGCAUCUCCUUGUUCCAGAGGAUAUUUGUGAACAUUGGGUCGGGGGAGGGGUUCCCUUUCCUCCUGUGGACCCCACCCGGCCCCUCUGCUCAGACAGGAGAGGCCACCAGGGACCUGUGUUGUUUCUGUCUCCUGCUGGAGUGGCCAAGUGGGCCUCCUCCCUUUUUGGCUCUGAGUGAGUGGGCUGUUGUGAGACCCCUGAGCUGACCCUUCUGGUUCAGGUGCAGCUGCUAUAGCUGUCUGCUCAAUGCCACCUGGGAGAAGCAGCGGCCGGGUCUGUGGUGGCCACGUUUGGAUGCCCUUCAACGUGUAGAGAUAGGCAUGUCCCCUGUCCUUCUCAUAGGGGUGGGGGAGCAGAAGCCAGGGCUGUCUGUGCAGCAGCCUGGACAGGUGCAGUCUCCAGUAGAGGUGGCUGACUUGGCCUCUGCAACCUGUGCUUUCCCAGUCAGCACCCCGGGUGAGUGGGGAGAUUGCCUGCAGGGUGCUCACCUGUGUGGAGAAGGCAAGGGGGCUGGAGGGGUGUCCAGCCUCCUGUGGGGCCCAGCGUAGGGAGGCAUUUCAUCCAGUAGCUGGCCUGGGUGCUCAAGAGCCCUCACAGGGCAUGGGCCCACCUGUGCUAGCCGCAUCCUGGGCUACAGUGGUGUAAACUGGAUUUCGUAUGUUAGGGUACAGUUUUCAACAACGUGGAAAUGGCCUGGGAAAUUUUCCUGCUUAUACUGCCCGUUGUUGAGAGCUGGCCAGCCCUGGGUGCUCAGUGUGCUCUCUGGGUUUUGGAGGUUCUGACUCUGGACUGCCGUGACUCCAUGGAAGAUAGUCAUGCAAAGGCCCAAGGCAGAAAACCCCAGGGCGUCUUGGGCUCUCAGGCACAGAACUGGUGUCAUCUGUUUCUGAAUCAGCUUGGGAAGGCCAGAGGUGUCUGCCAUCUCAGUUUUUCUGGAGGGCAGAGUCACCCCUCUGCGGCUCCUGCCCAGCCCCGGGGUACUCCACGUGGUCAUCCUGCUUUAAUGUAUCUUUGUUGAGGGAGUAUCUUGUCACUGCCCCCUCUGCACCUCCUUUUCCUGUGGCUGAGUUUUGCGUAACAGUCUCCUCCCAACGAGGCAGGUCACACGGAUUCGAGUGAAAAGCCCACGCCUGCCCAGCAAAUACUCGUGGCACAAAUAACUGGCUCUCUGAGAUGACGUUGACCUUGGGGGAUGCUCCCUGCUUUUAUUCAAAUGUUUGUGUCCACCCCACCACCCACCCCAGAUUCUUACGUUGAAAUUCUAAUGCCCAAUGUGUUGAUAUUUGGAGGUGGGGCUUUUGGGAGGUGAUUAGGUCAUGAGCCCUCAUGAACAGAUUAGUGCCCUUAUAAAAGAGGCUCCCCAGAGCUCCCUUGCCCUUUCUUCCUUUUGAGGACACAGUGGG